AUGAGUAUUCAGAACAACGUUGUUGGCCCUGUUGCAGCACAAGGUGUAUCGGAUCCAUAUGGUUCAUUGAGAAAUUUUGAAAUUCUGAAAAAAUUAGGUAAUGGACACUUCUCCGUGGUUUUUUCGGCAAGAAAUCGAUUUAAUAAAGUUUGUGUGGCUUUGAAAAAAGUCGAAUUGAGUCAAAUGGCUGACGCGAAGGCCAUCGAAGAUUGUAAACGGGAAAUAAGUUUACUCCAACAACUUAAUCAUCCAAAUGUGAUCAAAUACAUAUCUCACUUCGUCGAAGAUAAUGAUUUGUACAUUGUUUUGGAAUUGGCGAGUGCCGGAGAUUUAGCUCAAAUGAUUAAACAUUUCACAAAAUCGAAUAAGCGGUUGACUGAAAAGACGAUAUGGAAGUUUUUUAGUCAAAUAUGUAGUGGACUUGAACAUAUGCAUUCGAAACGAAUUAUGCAUCGCGAUAUUAAACCAGCGAACAUUUUUGUCAGUGCGGAAGGAAUUGUUCGAUUAGGCGAUCUUGGAUUAGGUCGUUUUCUGGGUUCGGAAACUACAUCAGCGUAUUCAAUGGUCGGAACACCAUAUUAUAUGUCACCGGAGCGUAUUCGACAACAAAAUGAUCAUGGUUAUGAUUUUCGAUCGGAUAUUUGGUCUCUCGGUUGUAUCUUAUACGAAAUGGCUGCACUUCGUUCACCAUUCUUUGGUGAAAAUUUGAAUCUCAUGUUAUUACGUCAGAAAAUCGAAGCACUCGAUUAUACUCCAUUACCUGCGCAUAUCUUUUCUCACGAACUUCGUCACCUCAUCGCUCGAUGUUUGGUCUUAGAUCCCGAUCAACGUCCAUACAUUAACGAAGUAAAUACAGUUGCUCAAGCAAUGUUUGCCCGAUUUGUUGAACAAGCCAAUGCAAACAAUAACAACACACCGACACCGUCCUCCCGCAGUGAUUUAGCUUGCGGAAGUGUUACACCUGUUAAUAAUCGAUAA